AUAUCACGCCAUAUAAUCUGCCGCUUCCCAUUCUCGUUUUCGAGUUUGCACAUUACACAUAGAUAGUUAGCAGAGAGAAAAGAGAUCCAUAACAACUCAACAAUGUCCACACUUAACGUUCCUCUACCAGUUCCGCCAGUUUCCGAUGACUGUGAACAGCUUAAGAAGGCCUUUGAAGGUUGGGGGACAAAUGAGGAUUUGAUCAUAUCCAUAUUGGGUCACAGGAAUGCUGCUCAACGCAAGCAAAUACGGGAGACGUAUUAUGAGAUGUAUGGAGACGAUCUCCUGAAGACAUUGGAGAAGGAACUCACGAGUGACUUUGAGAGGCUGGUGCUGCUUUGGAUACUUGGUCCUGCUGAACGUGAUGCAGUUUUAGCAAAUGAGGCAAUAAAGAAAUGGACUUCAAGCAAUCAGAUUCUCAUGGAAAUUGCCUGUACAAGGUCUGCAAAUGACCUGUUUCAUGCAAGGCAGGCUUAUCAUGCUCGUUACAAGAAGUCUCUUGAAGAGGAUGUUGCAUAUCACACAACUGGAGAUUUCCGCAAGCUAUUGUUUCCUCUCGUGUGCUCAUACCGAUAUGAGGGGGAUGAUGUAGACAUGAGCCUUGCAAAAACAGAGGCUAAGCUAAUCCAUGAGAAGAUAUCAAAGAAGGCUUACAGUGAUGAUGAUUUCAUAAGGAUUUUGGCUACAAGGAGCAAAGCACAGAUUAAUGCUACUCUUAAUCACUACAAAAAUGACUUUGGCAAGGAUAUCAACAAGGACUUGAAAGCCGACCCCAAGGACGAAUUCCUCCAACUUGUAAGGGCGACAGUGAAGUGCUUGACACGCCCAGAGAAGUAUUUUGAGAAGGUUCUUCGUCUGGCUAUCAACAGAACAGGAACAGAUGAAGGAGCUCUGACAAGAGUUGUUUCUACAAGAGCAGAGGUAGAUUUGAAGGUUAUAAAAGAUGAGUACCAGCAAAGGAACAGUGUUCCUCUUGAUCGGGCCAUUAUCAAGGAUACCCAUGGGGACUAUGAAAAAAUGCUGCUGGCACUUGUCGGAUAUAAGGAGGAUUGAGCUGUGAGUCCGUUUCAAAAUAAUGAUGGCUAUGGUUUCACCUUGGCACAUGUCGUUUGAUGUGUUUUAUUUUCAGUUGUAUGGUUUUGUCUAAGAAAACUUGACCUACCUUUCAUUCGCUUAAUAAAAUAUAUGACUAUGUUUUCCCUGUUCAAA